AUGGAAGCUGUUGAAACUAGGUCCGAAAGAAAAAGAAAGGGAAAACAGACUCAAAACCCAAAACCUCUUGAAAAGCACUAUGAUGAAGCCAAUCUUCAGCUCGAUCUCUCCCUUUCCUCUUCUGGGCCCUACCAACUGCCAGCCCCUGUAGCAGCUGAUGGACGAUCCACACCACCCAUCGGGGUCGGCCAACAUGAUCGAAAGGGUCGACCACCAUCGACACGCCCACAACGUAAUCCAAUGAGAACUCCACGUGUAAAGAAGCAUGAUCGUGUGCCGGCGCCUUUCGAAUGGGCGACUGACCGCCGCGCCAUGGUACACACCCUCAGCUACCUCAUCUCGGCCGGUAUUACUGCUAUCAAGGGUGACAUGAAAUGCAGGAGGUGUGAGGCUAAGUACCAGAUAGAGCAUGACUUGGAGAGCAAGUUCAAGGAGAUCAGAUCUUAUAUUACUGCUAACAUCGACGCGAUGUUCGACCGGGCCCCGAAGGAGUGGAUGAACCCAAAGCUACCUGAUUGCCAGAUGUGCCAUCAGACCAAUUGCAUAAAGCCGGUGAUCUCACCGAAGAAACGGUCGAUCAAUUGGCUGUUUUUGUUUUUGGGGAAGAUGAUGGGAUGUUGCACUUUGAAUCAGUUGAAGUACUUCUGCAAGCACACAAAUAACCAUCGAACGGGCGCGAAGGAUCGGGUGUUGUAUCUUGCAUAUCUCACUAUGUGUAAACAACUCGAUCCAGCCACACAAUUCAUUGCUCGCGAAGUCCAAUCCAAUCGGAAGCGUUAG